AUGUCCGACUUGCAGGAGCUUUUUGCUCGCCUGAACGGCGGUGCUUCUGGCAACAAACAGCAGCAGCAAGCGCCGCACGGUUACCGCCAGCCAUCUGUCCACACUCCGCUGUUCUCACCAUCGCCCAGCGGUCCACAGCCGCAUCACCAGUCUGCGAUCAUGUCGCCCAACUCCUCCGCUGUCAAUACGCCAGUGGCCGACCAUGGCGCUUCGUCGCAGCAGACACCGCAGCAGCAGUCCGCACAGCUCCUCAGCCUACUCCGCUUCAACUCGCAGUCCGGUGCUGGACAAGCCCGGCGCGUGUCUCAGAACUCUCAGCUUUCUGAGGCUCCUCAAGCUCAAAGUCGCACCGGUUCAGGCCCUACAGAGCACGCAUCGAGCUUCAUGGGUAACAGGACGCCUUCACAAGGCCCUAGCGCCGCGGCUCCUACAUCUGCUCAGGCUGCACCCACGUCCAUGCCAUCUGAGAAUCCGCAGGAUCUGCUAUUGCGUCUGCUGAACCACCCCAAGCCGGCCCAAGGCGACGAUCGCUUGCCUCGAGCUUCCGCUACUGCGUUCUCCCCGCCAGCUGCUUCCAACAUGCCUGAAACGGCUGUGGAUGACCUGGCACAGGACCUUGCCGACGCUGAGCUGGAGCAAGUCUCACCUGACCCCGCUGCCAGCGCUUCGCCGAUGAGAGUGUUCGGUACCGACGGCCCUGGACCCUCCUCGCGCGUUAAUCCCGAGUCCACGACACAUACGCCCAAGUUUACAUACAUCAACCCGUUCGAAGCGCUCGCGGCUGCAAGCCCUCGCAACCAUACGCCCGUACCUGACGUACAAAAGCCUUCCACUCCAAAGGUUCAGAUACUGAAGCCAAAGCACGCUACUGAGGCCUCUGCGUCAAGCCACACACCUCACCCACACGAGACUGUGGCUGAGGCGGUCACAGAUCUAGGUGAACAGAUCAGUCACCAGGUGGAGGAGGCACUUGCCGAGGCGGAAGGAAAAUCGACUGCACAGAUCACUACGGAGCUUGAUGACAUGCCUGCAGACGAUGUUGCAGAGGUGCAACAAAUCAUGGUUGACAUGGCAAAUGAAAUCAAGGCAGAGCUCGAGAACGACGAGAGCAUGAAAUCGCUCGAGAAGAACGUGCCCAAAGAUCUGACCGCCGCCCUCAAGGAGGUCGCUACCGAGGUUGCCAAUGGCAAUGUUGCUGAUGACUGGGAGACCGCGGAGGCCGAGGAGAGCUUAGCACAGGGCGAGGACCAGACGGUAAUAGUCUAUAGAUUCCCCAUGCGCGCGUUUGCCUCGAUCCAGGUCAACAAGAUGCCGCCUCGGCGUCUCUUUUUCCCCACCGAUUUGAUCAUGGACGUCGCCAGGCUGAAGAAGGAUUUUGAUCAGAUUGAUCGUUCACUCGUAUCAGCCAGCAAGAACUUUAUUGUGUACGCACUCGUUAAGAAGGGUGGAUUCCGCAUUAUCCGUCAGGACUCUGGUCAGUAUCGCCAGGUCUUUGAGAACCACCACGAGCGCAUCUUCAACAUUGCGCUCUGCGCUUCUGCAGACGAUUCACAACAGUCGCUCGAGAGCAUCCUUGGUAUUGGCGUCAACGGUACCGUCUUCUGGUCGUCACUCGACCCAACUCGCGAGGAUACAUUUGGCGAGAACCUCGACACACAGGGUCUCAUGCUUCCUCCAUCGCCCAUUCAGGAUGAUAAUACAUCUGGUGGUCAGCUGAAGACGCGUGCUAAGCCAUCCUCGCGUCAUCCCGAGUUCUUCGCUGUCGGUCGCGGCAAGUCGAUUCACAUCAUAUUCCCUAGAGUUGCUGCAGAGUAUGCUCGCUCGAAGAGCCGCAUCUGCCACACGGAGAAGUACCUUAAGGAGCGCUCUUUGAAGAUCCUCACUGGUAAGGCCGGUAAGGACUUCACGUUCAGUGAAGAUGACACGAUUGUCGUAUCACUGGACAAGGCAGGGCGCAUGCGUUUCUGGGACAUCCGUACCUUGACUGAGCCUGAACUGGGCAACCCAAAGGCCCCUCCACGCCAGGUUGAGGUGUCUGAGACACUUCUCGAGUUCCACACCACUACGCCGAAUGCCAAGUCAUGGCCAACCUCCGUGUUCUUCUUUGACAAAGAUAAGCCUUUCACUAAGGGUAUUGCGCUACGAUAUGUCAUGGUGGGCAUGAAGCAGAACCACUCGUUCCAGCUGUGGGAUCUCGGUCUUGGUAAGGCCGUUCAAGAGAUCCACUUGCCGCAUGAAAACGAAUCCGAUGCCAUUUGCAGCGUGUCAUUCCAUCCUAGGACUGGUAUCAUGGCAGUCGCCCACCCGACAAGGAACUCUAUCUUUUUCGUUCAUGUGUCUUGUCCCAGGUACAACCUGCCGGCUUUGAGCCAGGCGGCUUAUGUUGCUCGCCUUGCAAACAAGGGCGAGAGGGGCCUCGCUCCGCUACCACCGGUUAACGCCACGGCCAUCAUGACGAGCAUAACAGAGUAUUCGUUUGCUUCCAAGGGUCAGAUUAGGAGCCUGCACAUGCUCAACGAGCCUACUCCCGUCGGGCCAACUGACACUGAUGAUCCGGACAACGCCGCACUCUUUGAGCUGUACGUCAUGCACUCGAAGGGUGUUUGUGUCCUCCGUAUUCGACGAAACGAUCUCGGCUGGAAGAAGGAGGGCGAGCCUAUCCAUCCGAAGGAGGCGGAGCAAGAAGGUGUCAUUACCAUCACUCAGCUGAAGCCACCUGCGCCUGCCACAGUUGCUACAGACGAGUCCUCGACUGCCGGUGACACACCAGCCCCGAAGUCAGUGUCCGAUCGAUCCGUCCGCGAGAGCGUGAAGAAGGAGCCUAGCACUAUGUCCAAGCAGACGGUGAACCCAGAAGCUGCUAUGCGAGCCUCAACACUCGCAAAGGUUGAGGGCAAGCAAGAUACGGCCCGGGCUACAAUCAUAAACGGCGCCAGCGAGAAGCCUGAGAAGAAAAAGAAGAAGAAGUCGUCUCCGGCUGAUACCGCAUCUCAGGUUUCUACGUCUACCCGUGCAGCCGCCCCUUCGGUUCCUUCAUACGCACAAGCUGCUCAGAGUACUCCUUUGUCCAAAUCUCCAGUGCCAUCAGAGGCUCCGGUAGAGUCCAAGGCCUCCGUCGCCUCCCCCAACGAAGCACCUGAGUGGGCCAAGCAGUUAAUAAGCCAGCACUUCAAGGCUGCUGCGCCAGUUGCUGAGCUUGAUACAAAGAAACUGAAGGAGGUUGUACAAGCUGAGAUCACCGAAGGCUUUGCUCGCGAGCUUGACGUCAUGUAUAAGCGCUUCGAUGAAGACAAGCGUGUCUUGAAUGCGGCCAAUGGUGCUAAGCAAGAGGCCAUCCUCCGUAUGGUGUCCAGUACCUUAACGGAGAACGUCGAGGGUGUUAUCAGGAAGAUGGUUGAAGAAAACAUGCGCCAGGUCCUGCUGCCCGAGAUGUUGGCCAAGACUUCCUCAACCCUGGAACAGAGCAUUGGCAGCAACCUAAAGUCUGCACUUGCUCCACAGCUAUCGAAGGAGAUCCCUGAUGCUGUGGCACGCGCUCUGAAGGCUCCUCACAUCUUCCAGUCGCUCUCUGACCAAGUCGCCAAGAAGGUCGCCGCAAACUUUGAACCUGUUGUAGUUGCCUCUGUCGGUUCCGUUGUCAACCCUGCUAUCUCGAACUUGUCCAACACCAUCGAGAAGCAAAUCGGUGAGCAGUUGCGUCAAGCCCAUGCCCAGCGACACGAGGACGCUUCCAAGAUUGCACAAUUGACCGAUACGGUGCAUACCUGUCUCGAGACGAUUCAGUCCAUGGUUGCCUCGCAAGCUGAGCUGCAGUCUCAGGUCGCCAAGCUUCAGCAAGCCCUCGAAAAGCCAGCGGCACCAGCGCCAGCACCACAGGCUGUCGAUCAUUCGCCUCGUACUGCCCGUUCUCCGCGCAAGUCUCCAGAGGAGUUGGAGCUGGAGCAAAUCACUCAAAUGAUGACUGAUGGCAAUUACGAGCAGGCUACCAUGAAGUGGUUGCAGUCGCCCCGUACAGCCGAGCUCUUUGAUGAAUUGUUCAUUCGCUGCAAUCCUGCCUACAUUCGACAGGUUAGUCCCCUGUUGGCGCUUUCGACUGGUGCAGUAGUGUCAGGAAACCUCGACCGCCACACUCUUGAGCGACUCAGCUGGCUUGAUGCUGUACUGACAAGCGUUGACCCCAACGAUCGUGACAUUCGGGACAUUGUGCCGAAGAUCAUGGAAGUGGUCAAGCAGCGUCUGACUGAUACCUACAUGAGUCUUAAUGAGACCACCCCUGGCAGCCCUCUCCUUCGUCGCAUUUCGGCUCAGGUGAACAAGUGCAACGAGAUGAUGCGUCAGGUUUCGUCGAACUUUCGUUGA